AUGGAGGCUCUGAACGGCCCAGCGGGCGCCCCGGACGCCAAGCCGCAGCUGUCCAGCCAGCUCCGCCGCCACCACUACCUCCACCCGCUGGCCGAGAGGAAGCGACUGCACCGCGCACCCUCUCCCGCCAGACCCUUCCUCCAGGACCUGCUCACGCAGCCCGCGGCGUCUGGCCCGGCUGCCUCUUCCGCAGCCAGGGGCCCGCCUGUCGCCUCACGCUCGCCCAGCCUCGCGGGCAGGGCGCCGUCCUCGCCCGGGUCUCUGGCCGCGCCUGGCCGCCUCUCCCAGCGCGGUGGUGGCGCCCCCACAGCGAAAGACAAGCCGUCCGCGGGUGCUGGGGCCAGGGCGCUGGGGGGCACCAAGGCCACCCCCGGUCUUCGGAGAGUUGCGCACGCGGCACUCCCCGAGACGCUGCCCCGGGCCGGGAAGCCGCCGCCGCUAGGAGCCGAGCCGCCACCCGCAGCCGCGAAGGGCCGCAAAGCCCGGCGCGGAUCUGGGCUCACCGGCACGCCCCCGGCCCGCAUCCUCGGGCCACCAGGGCCCAGCGCCCGGCGCUCCGCGGUGACACUCGCGGUGACCUCGGCGACCACUGCCGGCUCGCGCAUCAGUCCCACCGACAGUAGCUCCGAUCUCUCCGAUUGCCCCUCCGAGCCCUUGUCCGACGAGCAGCGCCCGCUCCCCGCCGCCAGCAGUGACGCCGAGUCGGGCACCGGCUCCAGUGACCGGGAGCCCCUGCGGGCAGCCCUCGCGCUGAGCCCGGCGUUCCGGGGCGGCCCCGCGUCCGCAGCAGCUGGCGCCUGGCCUGGGGGCCGCAGUAGCCCUGGCGGGGUUUCCGCGGGGUCUGCCGGGUCUGGCGCGCCUUUGGAGCGGGGGACCCCCUGGAGGGCCGACGGAAACGAUGGGACCCCGAAGGAGCCCGGACGGGACGAGCCUUCCCAGCUGCUGCCGGCGGCGACAGAGGAGCUGCUGCGGGAGGUGGAGGAGCUGCGCUCGGAGAACGACUAUCUGAAGGAUGAACUGGAUGAACUCCGUGCCGAAAUGGAAGAAAUGAGGGACAGCUACUUAGAAGAAGAUGUUUACCAGCUGCAGGAACUUCGUCGAGAACUAGACCGUUCGAAUAAAAAUUGCCGAAUUCUGCAGUACCGGCUCCGGAAGGCUGAGCAGAAAAGCCUGAAGGUGGCUCAGACGGGGGAGGUGGAUGGAGAGCUGAUCCGGAAUCUGGAGCAGGACCUGAAGGUAGCCAAAGACGUCUCUGUCAGAUUGCACCAUGAACUUGAAACUGUAGAGGAAAAGCGUGCUAAAGUUGAAGAUGAGAAUGAAACCCUCCGACAACAGAUGAUUGAAGUGGAGAUUUCCAAGCAGGCCCUCCAGAAGGAGCUGGAGAGACUGAGAGAGAGUUCUUUGAAAAGAAGAGGCAGCCGGGAGAUGCACAAAGAGAAGAAGACAGUGGACCAGGACGACAGCGCUGAUCUUAAGUGCCAGCUCCAGUUUGCCAAAGAGGAAGCCUCCCUGAUGCGCAAGAAGAUGGCUAAGCUGGGUCGAGAGAAGGACGAGCUGGAGCAGGAGCUCCAGAAGUACAAGUCCCUGUACGGCGACGUGGACAGCCCCCUGCCCAUGGGGGAGGCCGGCGGACCGCCCAGCACCAGAGAGGCCGAGUUGAAACUGCGUCUUAAGUUGGUGGAGGAAGAAGCUAACAUCUUGGGCCGCAAGAUUGUCGAGCUGGAAGUGGAGAAUCGAGGCCUCAAAGCAGAGAUGGAGGACGUGAGAGGCCAGUAUGAGCGCGAAUGUGCGAGCAGGGACCACCCCCCAAGCAUUCCUACCUCACCCUUCGCAGAAUCGACUGAAUCUUCAUCAGAGCUCCGCCGGCACCUCCAGUUUGUGGAGGAGGAGGCAGAGCUGCUCCGGAGGUCCAUCUCUGAGAUAGAGGACCACAACCGGGAGCUGGUGCACGAGCUGAGCAAGUUCAAGGUGGAGCCGGGCCGGCCUGCGGAGGGCACCGGGCUGGCGCUGCAGGAGGAGCUGCGCGCGUCGCGGCUGCGGGUCGGCGAGCUGAGCGCCAAGGUGCUGCAGCUGCAGGCGGAGAACCGCACGCUGCUAUCUGGCGCGCAGCGCCACGAGCUGGCCGCGCACUCCCGCGACAGCGACGCUGAGAGUGAUGCAGGAAGGAAGGAAAGCGAUGGUGAGGACGGUCGGCAGCCGCGGAGGGAAGGCCCAAUUGGCGGAGAAAGUGACUCGGAGGAGACCUACGAGAAAACUUCGAGCUUUGGGAGCGGAAAGCCCUCGGAAGCGGGCGAGCUGGGCCCUGGCGCCCUGGCGCGUGCGCAGAACUCAGAGUGCCUGGUGAGCAUAAAGCAGGAGGUCGAGCGACUGGGGCGUACGGUGGAGCGCCUCCUCUCGGACACUGAGAGCCUCAUCUGUGAUGCCAAGCUGCACCCCUCGGAGCCCGGCGGCCAGGGCAGCUGGAAGGAGCCUGACCUCAUGGGCACCGUCAACUCCAAGAUGAAGGCGUUCCGGAAGGAGCUCCAGGUCUUCCUGGAGCAGGUGAACCGCAUCAGGGACGGCAUGAGGGAGCAUCUGGAGCACCUCGCCCCCCUGUCCCAGCUCACAGAGUCGUCCAGCUUUCUGUCCACUGUCACAUCCAUGUCCCGGGAUUCCCCGAUCGGGAACCUGGGGAAGGAGCUGGUGGCGGACCUGCAGUCCAAACUGAGAGAUCAGCUCGAGUGGCCACCCAGCAAGGACCACAGGGAGCAGCAAGGGGACCCACACCUUCUAGGAGGCUCCGAGCUACAGCGCAGAGCUGAUGGGGAUGCCAGCCGCUUUCGGACCCCAGACAAGACCUGUCUCAAUCUGGAGAUGGAGGAGGAACACCUCUAUGCCAUGAGGUGGAAGGAACUAGAAGUGCACAGCCUGGCUUUGCAGAGCCCUCUGCCCACUCGGACCUGGAGCGAAGAGAAGAAUCUGAUGCAGCAGGAGCUCCGGUUCUUGAAGCAGAACAUUUUCCUCUUCUACGUCAAACUCAGAUGGUUGCUGAAGCACUGGCGGCAGGGGAAGCGGAUGGAGGAGGAAGAUGAGGAUGCAACCGAGGGCGAGCUUCCAGAGAGCCUGCCCGAGCUGGCUGAGCUUGAAGUUCAGAGGGAACACACGGGGGAUGGGCCAGAUGGAGGUGGCAACAAUCGGGGCCUCAGCUUCAUUAUGGGGGAGUAUCCCCAGCGCUACCGGGUGGACAUCGGCCCCCACAGACAUGCAGACAUGAGACAGCGCCACAAGCAGGUGAUGGAGAACCAGCAACUGUUCGGUGCCCUCCAGACCCUACUAGAGGACUUCCGGGUGGAGCUGCGGGAGGACGAGCGGGCCCGGCUGGGGCUGCAGCAGGAGUAUGCCAAUGACAAGGCUGCCUGGGACAUGGAGUGGGCCAUGCUCUGCUGUCGCCUGGAGCAGCUGGAAGAGAAGACUGAGAAGAAUUUAGGGGAACGUGGUCCCGCUGCUGACAGCAAAGGGGCAUUUCGGAAGGAGCGGGAGGCACACAAGAAGCUCCUCGCCGAUAGUCAUGGCCUGGUCAUGGACCUUCGCUGGCAGAUCCAUCAAAAUGAGAAGAACUGGAGCCGCGAGAAAGUGGAACUUCUCGACCGCCUGGACCGAGACCGACAGGAGUGGGAACGGCAGAAGAAGGAACUUCUGUGGAGAAUAGAGCAGUUACAGACAGAAAAUAGUCCCCAAAGAGUUGGCAGCUUCCGGCGUGACCAAAAAGAAGGCAGUGCCCAGCCCUCUCCACAUCACGCAGGCCUCCGUGUGCCUCACAGCCUGGGUAUGUGGUCCUGCUCCAAAGAGGAAGCUGUUGCCUUCGAAGACCAGCCACUGUCCAAACUGAAGGAGUCAGACCGGUGCUCAGCCAGCGAGAACCUCUACCUGGACGCAUUGUCACUGGAUGAGGAGCCGGAGGAGCCUCUGCCCCAUCGACUGAGCUUCAGGAGGUGCCUCCCUGAGGAAGAAGAAAAUCACAAGGGAAAUCUUCAAAGGGCAGUGUCCGUGACCUCCAUGUCAGAGUUCCAGCGCCUGAUGGACAUCUCUCCAUUCCUGCCUGACCAGAGUCUUCCUUCGAUGGACAGCAAAGAGGAUAUCACCCCUCCCCUGUCUCCUGAUGACCUCAAGUACAUUGAGGAGUUCAACAGCAAAACCUGGGACUACAGCCCCCCCAGGGACCAUAGUAGUGGGGGGCAAGUGAGGCACCCAGAGCCCUGGAUAGACAGGACCGAGAUCGGACACGUUGGGGCUGACACCGGAUCAGAUUCAUUCCCAAAUUCAUCCUGGUACCUCACUACAAGUGUUACCAUGACAACAGACACCCUGACCCACCCUGAGCACUGCCAGAAGCAGCUGGGACACAGCCAUGUGGUGGCAGAGAGGUCAGGCGUGCGUGUGCUGCACAGCCCCCCAGCCAUGCAUAGGUUUGAUGGACCUGCAGCCUCAGGCAGUGAGGAGUGCAGUUCAGGGGAGCCCGAGUUCCCCUUCCCCACAGGCAGAGCCAGGGGAAGCCCAGCAGAACAUGCAUUUGGCCGGUGGCCUUGUGACCUCCCCAGACACCCCCAGGACUAUGUGGAGGGCCGGCUUUGCUCCCUUGAGGGCCCGCUCUGCACUUCCCUGAGCUUUAACACCCCGCUGCACAGCCUGGAGAUGUCUAAGAACAUGAGCGAUGACAUGAAGGAAGUGGCCUUCUCUGUCCGAAGUGGCAUCUGCCCUCAGGUCAAGGACAUGGCCUGCCAGACCAAUGGGUCCCGGUCUACUGGGACGCAGACCAUUCAGACCCUCAGUGUUGGCCUGCAGACUGAAGCCCUGCGUGGGGGUGUCACCAGCAGUCCCCACAAGUGUCUCACCCCUAAGGCGGGGGGUGGCACCACUCCAGUGUCCUCACCUUCCCGCAGUCUGAGGAGCAGGCAGGUGGCCCCGGCCAUUGAGAAGGUGCAGGCCAAAUUUGAACGCACUUGCUGCUCUCCCAAGUAUGGCUCCCCAAAACUUCAGAGGAAACCCCUCCCCAAAGCCGACCAGCCAAAUACCAGGAUCUCAGCAGGGCUACUCCAGAAGGGCUGCAGCGAGUCUGCCUGGGCACGCUCCACCACCACAAGGGAGAGCCCAGUGCACACCACCAUCAACGAUGGCCUCUCGAGCCUCUUCAACAUCAUUGACCAUAGCCCUUUGGGACAAGACCCCUUUCUAAGGGGUCCACGGGUCGGAAACCAGUCCCGUUCACUGGACACCCGGCCAGAGCUGGGCCUGAGCCAGGAAACAGGCACCAGUUCCAGGGGACGGUCCCCCAGCCCCCUUGGAGUUGGAAUGGAGACAUUCAGGGAUGAUGGGGGAGAGGGUACACCAGUGAGGCAGGACCUCUCCGCUCCCCCUGGCCACACGCUCACAGAGAACACUGCCCGCAUCCUCAAUAAGAAGUUGUUGGAGCACGCCUUAAAGGAGGAGAGGAAACACGUCCCCCAGAGCCCCCCGAGUCUCAGUGGUGAUGGCCACACAGGGGAGAUGGGCAGAGCUGAGCCAGGGCCCAUUGAGAACCAAACUGUCUUACUAACUGCCCCCUGGGGACUCUAG